AUGCGAACGGAGCACGCGGCGGAAGUGGCAGUCUCGUCUUCACGGAACAUGAUAGCAACUGACGAGGCUCUGCACUGGAUGCCGGUCAACACCAGCACUGAAGACGAUGAAGAGAAGCCACGAGGUCUCUACCAACUUCCUCCGACACAUAGUUCUCCUUUCACGCCCUCCAGCUUCUCGACCCCUGUGAGGGUUCUUCCUCUCUCGGACCUUCAUCCCCCAGAACGGAACCUAACAAAACGGAAUCCCGUAGGAAACGUAAAGAUGAGUCGUGGUCGGAGGAUGGUUGCAAGGGAUGCCAACCAUGGUGCAUUUGCCAAGGGGAGGCUGGUUCUGCAGGAGCGCCGGGGUCCGCAGGGUUCCCGGGGAGUCAAGGAAUUCCAGGGGACAUGGGGCCGGAGGGACCACCUGGUACCUCUGGACGUCGAGGAAUCGAAGGACCCGUCGGAGCCGAGGGUCUGGCUGGGUGCAACGGAACCGAUGGGAGACAGGGUGAACCUGGACGACAUGGGUUCCCAGGUCCAAGAGGACCACCUGGAAACCUGGGACCCCCGGGACCCCGAGGUGAAUCUGGGGAAGGGGGCAUCAAUACUCCCGGUACCAAAGGAGACUUUGGAGAUGACGGCAGGCCUGGCCUCCCGGGAUCACCAGGUCGUCCAGGGAGAAAAGGGGAGGCAGGCUACAAAGGGGACGACAAGCAGGGGAAUCUGGGUCCACGUGGAGAUCCAGGUGACACUCUCGGACACCACCAUGCGAGGGAUGCUCCAAAAAGAACGUGCGAUUGAGAUUACAGGGGAGCCGGGUCCACCGGGACCACCGGGACCGCAGUUGUUCUUGCAAGAGGAGACUGCUUACACGCUCAAAAUAAAGGGACCUACAGGUGACACGGGAGAUGAGGGAUCAAGGGGUGCCCUGGGGCCACCAGGACCACCUGGAGAUCAAGGCAGACCGGAGAACCUGGAUAUGAUGGGACCCCAGGAGUACAAGGACCCGCGGGACCACCCGGAUCUUACGACCUCAGUCUUGGCGAAUCCUCCCCCGGUGCUCCGGGGAUACAAGGACCAAUAG